AUGCGCACUGAUGCGAGCGGCCUGCAAAGCACCAGACCCGACCCAAGCAAGCUCCACCAGGGCAUGGUUGGCCUGGAGGCUGUAGCCUGGCACUUGGCAGAAAGCGUGCUGGGGAGAAUACGCUGCAGUGUGUGGCUUGGGGGGCGGGGGCCGUCGCUGGCUAGCGACUUCCAGUGGUGGAUGUCGUGA